UCUCUCUCUCUCUCUCUCUCUCCCUCUCUCUCUCUCUCUGUCUCUUUCACAUACACCGUAGCAUUGCCUCCACUGCUUCUGCAGACUGUGUGCUCCACCUUCACCUGCAAAGGUCUGACACAAUGGCCACACAGUACUCGACCGUCCAGCGAUUCGAUGACACUCUCAGCGUGCGGACGGAGGACGGCUGGCCCUCGACCAAGCGUCGCUACGUGCGCCGCGACGGCAGCUGCAACAUGGUGUUCCGGCACAUUCCGGAGGAGUGGGUCCACUACGUGAUGGACAUCUUCACCACGCUCAUCGAGACCCGCUGGCGCGUCAUGCUGCUCAUCUUCGCCCUCUCCUACAUCCUGUCGUGGCUCGGCUUCGGCAUCCUCUUCUGGAUCAUCGCGCUGGCGCACAACGACCUGCGCGACCACGCCAACGAGCCGUGCAUGUACGAGGUGCGCAGCUUCACGGCGGCGUUCCUCUUCUCCCUGGAGACGCAGACCACCAUCGGCUACGGCUCGCGGGGCAUGUCGGAGAACUGCAUGGAGGCCAUCGUGCUGGUGACCGUCCAGGACGUGCUGAGCGCCUUCAUCGACACCUUCGUCAUCGGCAUCGCCGUGGCCAAGAUGGCGUCGGCGCGCAAGCGGGCGCAGACCAUGGGCUUCACCAACUGCGCCGUGGUCAACCUGCGCGACGGCCACCUGUGCCUGUCGUGGCGCGUCGGCGACUUCCGCCACAACCACAUGGUGGAGGGCGUGGCCCAGGCGCAGAUCGUGCGCCACACGGUGCACACCACGGGCAAGGUGGACAUCACCCACAAGGACCUGCACAUCCAGGAGCGCGACGUCCUCCUGGCCGUGCCCACCACCAUCAUCCACAAGAUCGGCCCCGACAGCCCGCUGUUCCGCAUGAGCCUGCUGGACCUGCGCCGCGACGCCUUCGAGCUGGUGGUGUCCUUCACCUACACGGACGACUCGACGGGCAUCCUGCACCAGACGCGCACCUCCUACACGCCCAACGAGAUCCUGUGGGGCCACGUCUUCCAGGAGAUGCUCCGGACCACGCGCCGGAACUACCGCGUGGACUACGCCCUCUUCCACCAGACCGGCAAGGUGCACGUGCCGGAGGUCAGCGCCGAGGAGUACCUCCGCGCCAAGUGCUCCCCGAGGAUCGGGCACUCCCCGAGGAUCGCGCACUCCCCCCGGCUGCCCAAGGCGCCCACGGUUACAGUGGAGGACGUGAGCGGAAACAAGAACGAGAGCGAGAACAAGAUCGAGAAAGACGUGCAAAACGAUUCUAACACCCUCAAGGUCGAAGAGUAACUGAUGAACAGUUGUCCUCUGUUUGCUAAGAGAGCAUGAAGCUUGGACACAAAUGGAAGGAGAACAUUGAAAACAAUGAUCAGUAAUAUAACAUGGCUAAUAAGGUGUUGCUAUGAGACAGUAACUUGUUUUAGUGGGGAGUGGGAUAUUACUGUGAUGAAGAAAUUUUAGACGGGUAUCUUCAUGGCGCCUGUCAUAGAGUGAUAUGUGUAUUUUGUGUUUAAUGUAAGUAUGUGGGAAUUUUAAACUAUAGCCCCACCCCCCUCCCUCCGCGCACACACACACACACACACACACACACACACACACACACACACACACAAAUUGAUGGACAAGUGAACCAGAUUGUGUCCAGUUUAACACAACCCAGGUUCAGUUUACCAUCUGUCCAGGUUAUUAAUAGAUAUGUGUGGCCUUUUGUAUAUAACUUUACUGAUGAGUCCAUUGCAAUUCAAAACAAUAUCCCAAAUCAGACCAAAUUACAAUAGCUCUGGCAUUACAUUCGUAUUUGAGUUUCUUUGGCUACUAUCUGUGCUGUAAAUGAAUUUGAUGUGUUUAAUCCCUAGACUUGUAUGUAAUGUCAUUCACGUCAUACCAGCUCAUAACAUCAUGCCACCUCGUCUUGCAGAGGAUCUGGUAUGAUGUGGCAUGGAUUCAGUUUCAGCAGCUGCCUCCUGCCAUCUGAGAUGUUUUUCUGUUACAAAAUACCUGUAUUAAAAUGAACAUGUGACACAUGGUUAAUUCCCAACCACUCUUGUGUUUUGUUCCCAAAAAUCUAAUAGACAUCUCUGAUGCAAACCAUGCACAACCUGAUGUGCCUGCUGGAAGUAACCAAAUUAUAAGGAUGUAAAGAGGUUCUAAUAAGGCCCAAACCCAGACUUCCUAUAAUCUGGAGUGAUAGUCCUCUUCAGUGGUCUCUUCUGUCAAAUUGCUGGUGACUGGCCAUGUUGAAUAUUUUCGAAGGGGGGGGGGGACUGAUGAAGGAAAUAUGCAAGCUAAUUGCUGAAUGUGAGGUUUAAUUUAUAAUUACUUAGGAACGUCAGAAUCAGAUCAUAUUCAACCACUGUGACAGUUAUCAGUUCUCCAACAGCAUCGGUCUUGCUGGGACUUAUUACCAGCUCAACACAACUCUUCAGACAUGUGACAACUGACAAUACGCCAAAUUUCACCGAGGAGGAUUACAGUUCCUAUAAAUGGAAAAUGUGAGUCUCCUUUUUCUAUGUGUAUUUAAAGGGCACUAUAUAAAAGAUGUUUCCGUAGUUGUUUUCCUUGACACCAGAGGGGCUUGAGGUGCUUGUGACCUGAAACCCAUAAUAAAAACACUUUACUGG